AUGGCAAUUGAAAUUCCCACCAGCGUACUGGAGAGUCCAGUAUACAUUCAAGUCCAGAAAUUCAGGGUCACAUACCAGGAGUAUUUGGAUAAGUCUGUCCCUCUUACAUCUCGUAGAUGGAUGGGAUUUGGUAUCCUACUUGCUCUCUUCUUCUUGAGAAUUAUAGUGACACAAGGUUGGUACAUUGUUUGCUACGCGCUUGGUAUUUAUCUUCUUAACCUAUUCUUGGCUUUCCUCACCCCCAAGUUUGACCCGUCCCUUGAACAGGAGAUGAAAAAUGAAUCGAUAGAAGAGGGAAUGGGCGAGAAUCCUGAACAGGACGAGGAAGAAGAAUUUAGACCCUUUAUCAGGCGAUUGCCCGAGUUUAAAUUCUGGUAUAAUGCAACUAGAGCAACAGUGGUGGCAUUGCUUACCUCUUUUUUCACAAUCUUCGAUAUUCCCGUUUUCUGGCCCAUAUUAUUGAUGUAUUUCAUUAUCCUUUUCACAUUAACAAUGAGGAAGCAGAUACAACAUAUGUUGAAGUAUAAAUACUUACCCUUCGACUUUGGUAAGGCUAAGUACAACAGAAGCUAG